ACUCGUCGGUGAGUACAACGAUACGGAAUAUCUCCGUAAAUUUUGAUCGGCCAUGACUGCUGGAGCUGUGGAAAGUGUCACUCUACGUUAUGUCUCUGAUCUCAGUCGUUUUAAACAGUUUCGGAGAGUUUAAGUGGUGUUUUUAACGCAAAGUGUCGAGGCGCUUUGUUUGGUCGGAGAUCGGAGUCUGCUCAUCAUCGGGUUCUCAAAUAUCGUUUAACACAACUCCUUUCUCCCGAUGUCGUCCCCGUCGAGCACUCCUCGGAGGAGCACACGAGGCGCGAGCCAGGAUCCUCAAACUCCAUCGAGAAGCCGCAGAAACACACCAUCCAAAAGGAACACACCAUCCCGAAGCUCCAUAAGAAGCACACCGUCCAGAAGGCAAAGGAAUGGGGCCAGGACUCCGACUCAAGCAAACGGGGAUGAAAUGUUGUCCGACAUAGCACCCCUGCCUUCGUCGUCUGCUGAUGGUGUCAACGAGGUUCCGCCAUCCAGCCCCUACCAGAGAAAUGUUGCAGCAUUCACGGAACUUGACUUGAGCUCUCCCCUCCACUAUGGCACACCCAGCUCUGCCAACACUGGAACUCCUCGGUCCAAUGUGAGGGGGACUCCAAUCAGGCACAGAACCGAUAUUCGAAACGAUCGACGCAUGCGCCAGGUUGCCAUUGGCGCUAGCGAUGGAGAGGCGGCGGAUGCAACGGGGGGUGUUCCCACCAGCGACUCUAGUACAGGCCCUCAGCUGGUGAUCUGGGGCACGGAUGUAGUGGUGAACCACUGCAAGGACAAGUUUAAGCAGUUCCUCAAGACCUUUGUCAAUGCGGACUUGGAUUCGGACGAGAGGAUGGAAGGGGUGGACCUCGACCAGCCAAUCUACAUGCAGAAACUAGAAGAGGUGUACACCCUGGAGGAGCCCUUUCUCAACGUCAACUGCAGCCAUGUGGCACUUUUUGAUGCGGACCUGUAUCGCCAACUGAAGUGCUACCCGCAGGAGGUCAUUCCCACUCUUGACAUGGCUGCCAAUGAGUUAUUCUUUGAGAAGUACCCCGAUGCUCAGCUGCCUCAUCAGAUCCAAGUGCGGCCUUUUAACUCCGAGAAGACUCAAAGCAUGCGCUCCCUCAACCCUGAAGACAUUGACCAGCUGGUGACCAUCAGUGGCAUGAUCAUCCGCACGUCUAACUUGAUCCCCGAAAUGCGGGAGGCCUUCUUUCGUUGCACUGCCUGCUCGGCCGUCGAGGCUGUCGAGAUCGACCGUGGCCGCAUUGCGGAGCCCGUGACCUGCCGCAAUUGCUCGGCCAAGUACAGCUACACCCUGGUGCACAACCGCUCGCAGUUCUCGGACAAGCAGAUCGUCAAGCUGCAGGAAGCCCCAGAGGAUAUGCCAGCUGGACAGACUCCUCACACUGCUGUCAUCUAUGCACACAAUGAUCUGGUUGAUGCUGUGCAGCCUGGAGACAGGAUCACAGUGACCGGCAUUUACCGCGCUUCGGCGGUCCGAGUGAAUCCAAGGCAACGGAGCGUAAAGGCCGUCUACAAAACUCACAUUGACGCCGUCCACUUCAGAAAGCUGGACGCCAAGCGCCUCUAUGAGGACUCUGAGGAUGCGAAGGAUUGUCACUUCACUCCAGAAAGGAUUGAGCAACUGAAGCGUCUCUCCCGUCUGCCCGACAUUUACGAGCGCCUGGCACGUGCGUUGGCGCCAAGCAUCUACGAGAACGAAGACAUCAAGAAAGGCAUUUUACUCCAGUUGUUUGGAGGAACUCGUAAGGACUUUGCGGACUCUGGUCGUGGAAAGUUCAGGUCGGAAAUCAACAUCCUGCUGUGUGGAGACCCUGGCACUAGCAAGUCACAGCUGCUUCAGUAUGUUCACAACCUGGUGCCUCGUGGACAGUACACUUCUGGCAAGGGUUCCAGUGCUGUAGGCCUCACGGCCUACAUUACCAAGGAUCCUGAGACACGUCAGCUUGUCCUGCAAACGGGAGCACUGGUCUUGAGCGACAAUGGCAUCUGCUGCAUCGAUGAGUUUGACAAGAUGAGCGACUCGACAAGGUCCAUCUUGCAUGAAGUAAUGGAGCAACAAACUCUCUCCAUUGCCAAAGCGGGCAUUAUCUGCCAGCUGAAUGCAAGAACAUCCAUCCUGGCAGCUGCCAAUCCGGUCGAGUCACAGUGGAACACAAACAGGACCAUUAUUGAGAACAUCCAGCUUCCGCACACGCUGCUGUCCAGGUUUGACCUUAUUUUCCUGAUGCUGGACCCUCAAGAUCCCCGGUACGACCAGAGACUUGCACGUCACUUGGUCUCUCUUUACUACAAGCAGCAAGCGGAAGUUGAGGAAGAGCAAAUGGAACUCAGCCUUAUGAAGGACUACAUUGCAUAUGCACGCACCUAUGUGCAACCGCAAAUGAGUGAAGAGGCUGGCCAAGCCCUCAUUGAGGCCUAUGUGGAGAUGCGCCGUGUAGGAAGUGGCCGUGGCCAGAUCUCUGCUUUCCCACGCCAGCUGGAGUCGCUGAUUCGUCUGGCUGAGGCUCACGCCAAAGUGCGCUUUUCCAGUGUCGUUGAGCUUGUCGACGUGGAGGAGGCCAAACGGCUUCACAGAGAGGCCCUGAAACAGUCGGCCACUGAUCCUGUCUCGGGAAAGAUCGACGUCUCCAUCCUCACGACGGGCAUGAGUGCCUCAUCUCGCCGGCGCCGUGCGGAGCUAGCAGUUGCUCUGCGCAAGAUGCUCGAGUCCAAGGCGAAGACCAAGGCCCAGAGCCUCGCCUACCAGAAGGUGUUCACCGAAUUCAAGGAGCAGUCUGAUCUGAUGAUAACGAGAGAGAUGUUUGAAGAUGCCCUGAAGGACUUGCAAGAUGACGGAUUCCUGACUAUUGUUGGGAAGAGCUCCAUAAGGAUCUGUUAGCAAAAGAAGACGUUGGCAAGUGCCUUCCGAAGCCAAUUGCUGUGUGUAUAGCAGCUUCUCUAUAAUAAUUAUUUUGUAUUGUUGCUUAUAAUGCACUUUUUUAUGCAUAUGCUAAUAAACUGCAGACAUUGUACCUAUG